AUGGAUUCAGCAGAAUAUAAGCUUAGUCCUAAGUUAGCUAGGCUGAGGAGGAUUUGUAUCAUCAAGGAGAAGAGAAAUAGAAAAAUACAAGCUUCCAUACAGAAUGUUUCUGAGAAUGAUUUUGCAAACAACACAUUGCUUCCAAUGAAGAGAAGCACACAAAUACUCCCAAGUAAGAGUACAGUGCUUAGGGAGAAAUCAAUCAUCCAAUCAUUACGUAGAAAUAGCAAAGAGUUGUUUAAUUCUUCUCAACUCUUCAAUGGUGAGAGCUCUAACCAAGUUGUCUACAAUAAGAAACCGGUAUCACAUGUUAACAAUGGACAUUAUGAAAGUCUUGAUGCCUUUGAUGAUAUAGUGAUUGACUCAGAUUAUAUUCAACAAGAAAUUCAUAAUAAUAAUAAUAAAGGGUCAUCUAGCUUAAACACAUUAUCCAAUUGCAAUUUGACAUGCGAAUCAGUUACCUGGGAUGCUGGGGAUCCAAUUCAUGUAUGUCGAUAUUGCAAAGCUAUGAUGUGGGACGGUGAAAGGCUAUCUAAGAGCAAAGGAAGUAAUAUCCCUAUAUUCCGCACAUGUUGCAUGAGUGGGAAGGUUGAACUUCCUUUUCUUAGGGAGGCACCCCAGAUUCUACAAGAUUUGCAUUUUGAGGAUGAUGAACGUGGUAGAUACUUUCGCAAGAACAUACGUUCUUUUAAUUCCAUGUUUUGCUUCACAUCCAUGGCUGGUAAAAUUAAUCACAAUAUAAACAAUGGAUCUGCACCUCCUACGUUCUCUCUUAGUGGUCAAAAUUACCAUUCAAUUGGAAGUUUGCUUCCCUCACCAAGUGAUAUUCCAAAGUUUGCACAGUUAUACAUAUACGACACUGAAAAUGAGAUUCAAAAUCGCAUAUCUGCCAUCAGGUCUUCCAAUUCGAAUAAUGUUAUUGAGCAAACAAUUGUUAAUGAGUUGAAACAAAUGAUGGAUCUUCACAAUCCUCUUGCAAAGUCAUUUCGAUAUGCACGCGAUCGCUUCAAAGAAGAUUCAAAAACUAAUAUCAAGCUCAAACUAAUUAGAAAAAGGGAAAAGGAUGGCAGGAGGUAUAACCUCCCAACAGCUUCUGAGGUUGCAAUACUUAUUGUUGGUGAUAUUGAUGAGUCAAGUUUGCAGAGAGACAUCAUUCUUGAGACUACCUCUAACAGACUAAAAAGGAUAGAUGUCCUUGACCCGUCUUACCUGUCUCUACAGUAUCCUUUGAUUUUUCCCUAUGGGGAGGAUGGUUUUAGGCCAGGUAUUGAGAACUCUUCCACGUUUGAUAUUUUUGGUACUAAGAAGAGAAAGACUAUAAGCAUAAGAGAAUUCUUUUCAUACAGAAUACAAAUGCGUUUGGAAGAGUCAUCUAUACUAUUACAUUCAAGAAGAUUAUUUCAGCAGUUCUUAGUUGAUUCAUAUACUAUGAUUGAGUCUGAGCGUCUUAGAUAUUUACGCAACAACCAACCUAAGCUCAGGGUUGACAAGUACAACUCAUUGCAUGAAUCUUUAGUUAGGGGAGAAGCUGAUGCGAUUCUUUCUGGUCAAAGAAUAAUUCUUCCAAGCAGUUUCACUGGUGUAUUUUGGAUACCCCAGUUAUUUAUCACAAUUACUUGCAAUCCUGAAUGGGAAGAGAUCAAACGCCUUUUACAUGGCACUGGCCUUAAGGCAGAGGAUCGUCCUGAUAUUGCUUCAAGAAUCUUUAGUAUUAAGUUAGAUGAGUUGAUAUCUGAUUUCAAGAAUGGGAGGUUGUUUGGCAAUAUUUCUGCAUAUGUGUGCACAGUUGAAUUUCAGAAACGAGGUCUACCACAUGCUCACAUUCUAUUGUUCAUGCAACCACAAUAUAAGCCUAAAUCACCCGACGAUAUUGACCGUGUAAUAUCUGCUGAAAUCCCUGAUAAGACUAACAUGCCUAGACUUUAUGCAGCUGUUGAGAAGUUCAUGGUUCAUGGUCCAUGUGGGAGGCACAACAUCAGUAGUCCAUGCAUGAUAAAUGGAAGGUGUUCUAAGUUUUUUCCAAAGCCAUUCAGAAAUAGAACGAUUAUUGACGAGGGUGGUUUCCCAAAGUAUAAAAGGAUGGAUAAUGGUCAUACAAUAACUAAGAAGAAUGCAAUUUUGGAUAAUUCUUAUAUUGUACCUUACAAUCCUGAUCUACUCUUAAAGUAUGGUUGUCACAUUAACGUGGAGCAUACAUGUCAGACUUCUUCUAUUAAAUAUUUAUUCAAGUACGUCCAUAAGGGUAAUGAUAGGGUUACUGCCUCAUUUUACCAAACAUCUGGUGAUGGGUCUUCUCAACAAGUUGUUGAUGAGAUACGUAACUACUAUGAUUGUCGUUACAUUUCUGCAUGUGAGGCAGCUUGGCGGAUAUUUGGUUAUGAGAUUCAGCUUAAAGAACCUGCAGUGAUUCGUCUACCAUUCCACCUACCUGACGAGCAACCAGUUGUUUUCAAGGACCAUGAGAACAUUGCUGAUGUUAUUCAACAUGUAGAUGGUAAGGUUACUAAGUUAGCUGCUUGGAUGUUGGCUAAUCGUGAGUAUCCUUUUGCUAGAUCUUUAACAUACAGCGAAUUUCCUACAAAAUUUGUAUGGAAAGAUGAUUCAUGCAUGUGGUUUCCUCGCAAACAAGGCUUUUCUAUUGGACGGCUGACUCAUGUUCCACGUGGUAACGGUGAGGAUUAUUACAUGAGAAUAUUGUUAAACAUACAAAGAGGAUGCAUGAGUUUUACUGAUUUACGUACUGUGGAUGGUGUGGUAUACAACUCAUUCAAGGAAACAUGCUAUGCUUUGGGACUCCUACAAGAUGACAAGGAAUUUGUUGAUGCAAUUCUAGAAGCAAGCACUUGGGCGUCUGGAAACUACUUACGAAAUUUGUUUGUUGUGUUGUUGAUUUCUAAUAACAUAUCUAGACCUGAAUUGGUAUGGCAGCAGUGCUACCAACAAUUAUCUGAAGAUUUGUUACAUUCACAUAGAAUUUCAACACUUAAUCCAGACAUUCAGCUUAGUGAUGAUCAACUACUGAAUAUGACUCUUUCAAAGGUUGAGAUGAUGUUGCAAGCUAAUGGUAGGUCACUUCGAGAGUUUAAUGGUAUUCCUCUCCCUGAUUUAGAUAUCAUUGAUGGCUUGGAUGAUCGGAUAAUAGCUGACGAGCUAACUUUUGAUAUUGUUGCCCUAAGGGACGAAUUAGAAGUUAUGUUGUCCGAAAUGAACUGUGAACAACAAAAUGCUUUUCAUAGAAUAAGCAAAGCCGUGAAUAAUAACCUUGGUGGUUUUUUCUUCAUAUAUGGUUAUGGUGGAACAGGUAAGACAUUUCUAUAUAGGGCACUUUCUGCAGCUAUUCGUGUCAAAGGAGAAAUUGUUCUUAAUGUUGCCUCAAGUGGAAUUGCAUCUCUUUUGCUUCCAAAAGGUCGUACAGCUCAUUCUAGGUUUAAGAUACCUUUGAAACUUCAUGAAGAUUCUGUAUGUAGUAUAAAACAAGGGUCUCCGCUUGCUAAGUUGAUUUGCAAAGCAAAGCUUAUUAUAUGGGAUGAGGCUCCGAUGUUAAACAAGAUUUGUUAUGAAGCACUCGACAAGUCUUUAAAAGACAUACUUAGAUCUUCAUCAUCAUACAAUGAAGACUUACCCUUUGGUGAUAAGGUAGUUGUACUUGGAGGUGACUUUAGACAAAUUCUACCUGUCAUACCUAUGGGAUCUAGACAAGAUAUUGUACAAGCUACAAUUAACUCAUCUUAUCUGUGGUCAUCAUGCAAAGUAAUUACUCUUUCUCAGAAUAUGCGUCUUACAGUUGGUGUGCCUGAAUCUAAUUCUAUUGAAAUCAAACAAUUUGCUCAAUGGCUUCUUAGAAUUGGUGAUGGUCUUGAAGGAGAUUCAAUUGAUGGUGAGUCUGAGGUCAAUAUUCCAGAAGAAAUUCUAAUUAAGGACAAUGCUGAUGGCUUUGACAAUAUCAUUAGGUUUGUAUAUCCUGAUAUACUUACUAAUUUGAAGCAGUCAACUUUUUUCAAGGAGAGAACCAUUCUUGCUCCUACACUAGAUGUUGUGCACGAGGUAAAUAAUCAUAUAAUGAAGCAUAUUGAAGAAGACGAGAAGGUUUAUCUAAGUUCUGACUCCAUGUGCGUUGAAGAAGGUAGCAUGGAGUCAGAGCUUGAUACAUUUACUCCUGACGUACUAAAUGCAAUUAACUGCUCAGGUUUACCACCUCAUGAACUUAUAUUAAAAGUAGGUGUUCCUGUUAUGUUACUAAGAAAUAUUGACCAAUUUAAUGGACUUUGCAAUGGUACAAGAUUACAGAUUCCAAAGAAGGCAAUUUCCAUUAGUCGUCUCAUUUGCAAUGACCAUUAA